AUGGAGGCUGCUGGGCACAGCCAAGAAUGCGAGCUCGUGGGCGAGAGCAUGCCUGACAUUGCCGGCAUUGGGAUCGUCGUCGGCUUCGUCGGACAGGCGUUGCUCUCCCUGCUACUCGCCGGCUGGGUCUUCCUGCUCUCCAAGCACGGCACCCUCGACCUGCACCAUCAAGAGGGCACCACAGAACACAGGAUAGAGCGUAAACGCCUGGAAUCCGUCUCUGAGAUCCUCAUGGUCGGCAAUGACAUUCAGAUGCUACUGGGUAUUUCUUACAUGAUCAACACCUUUGCAUACGGCGACACUCUCGACACGUAUCACUUGCAUCUCGUCUUUGACAUUGUCAGCUUCGUCGGGGUCUCUAACGCGGCAGCCAUGGUCUGUUGGACAUUCUGCGCCUUCAAGCUCGACGGCAUGGGCACGAAGCAGGGCAAGCCCCGGCCGCUCAAGUCGUACUUCACACCGCGCCACCGCGGCACCUACCUCUUCGCCGUCAUGUUCCUCGCUCUCACGAUCCUGUUAUGCAUUCGCCUCGACGAGUGGGCGCCGGACAGGGAACCCGGACGGUGCUACCACGCGCAGCUCAUCACCGCCGACGACGCCAGCCACCCGGCCGCCGAUAAGACGUACGUCGCCAUCACCGCAAUAUGGAUGCUCGUCGCCAUGGCCAGCGCCAUCCUCCUCAACGCCCGCCGCCGCCGCUGGGUCCUCGUCUCCGCCUUCCUGCAAUUCCCCGUGCACCUGUACAUGGCCCUCGCCCUCCGCUCCGCCAAUCAGGGCUACCUCGAGGGCGAGGCGCCCGACGAGAACAGCUGGGACUUUGGACAGACGACCGCCGUCGUCCUCCUAGCGCUUGCCAUCACCGAGCUGCUCCGUAAGGGGCGUGAGUACAUCGUCUUUGAGCGUGACCUGGUCAGGAACGGGCUGUCGGUGCAGAGUUCCCGCGUUUCCAAGGCGCGGUCGCAAGAGGGUGACCCGGAAGACGCCAGGGGGGGCUACCAGCUGCAAGGCGAGUGUAGGCGGCUGAACUCGGCCCACGACAGAUCGGCCUCGAAUUAG